AUGAAUUACGAUAGGGAGAUAAUUAUUCAUAGGGGCAGUGAAGAAGGCGAGGAACCAGCUCCAAAGAAAAAUAUUGGGGGGAAAACUAAAUCUAUACAUCCACCCCUUGAGUCUCAUUGGGUUCUCCCUGCUGAAAAACAAGACAAGGAUCGUGUAUCAACAAGGACAGGCAUCAAGACACUGCUAAAUUAUCCGAAGAAGGUUCGAGAGUCGUUGAAGAGAAUUGGGAGGAGCAAAAGCAUGAAAAAUCUCCUUCAAGGAACUCCUGAUCCAAAAGAUGAAGAAAUUGUUAAUUCUUUCCGCGAAUUGCUCUUUCUUGAGGGCCAGUUAACAACAAAGCACAAUGACUAUCAUACACUUUUGCGAUUUCUACGAAUGAGGGAUUUUGAUGUUACAAAAUCAAGAGAGAUGUUCUUGAAUUAUCUCAAGUGGCGCCAGGAUUUUAGAGUUGAUUCAAUUUCCAAGGAAUUUACGUUUGAGGAGUUUAAGGAGGUCAAGCAAUGCUAUCCUCAUGGAUUUCAUGGAGUUGAUAAAUUUGGUAGACCAAUAUACAUUGAACAGAUUGGGAUGGUAGAUCUAAAUGCCUUGCUUCAAGUAACCACAAUUGAAAGAUUUGUUAAGUAUCAUGUGUCUGAAAAAGAGAAAACAUUGAAUUUGAGAUAUCCUGCAUGUUCAAUUGCAGCCAAGAGGCAUAUAGCAUCAACCACAAGUAUAUUAGAUGUGAAGGAAGUGGGAAUAUCUAAUUUCUCAAAGCCUGCAAGACAGCUCUUUAUGGAAAUUCAAAGGAUUGAUAGCAAUUAUUACCCAGAGAUCAUCCUUCUUGGACCCACUAAUUCAACAUCGGAAAAGGCGAGAUCUGAUGGAACAGAGCAAUCAUUGAGUUUGAAAUUCGACAUCUCCACUUCGCAUACAACGGUAAAAGCUUCGUAUGCUCUAACAAUUUUGGAGAAUCAGAGAGUGAAAUGUGAAGGUGAAGUUGAAGAGGAUGUUGCUCACGUAGGGUUUAAGUUUAAGGGUUUUGACCCUUUAUGGGUUUUAAGUUCGUGA